UGGAGGCCUGGGAGGGGUUAUUCUAGUGGCCGCAGUGUUCCACCUCGCUGAGGGCCGGGCUUGGGGAUGAGAGGCAGGGAGGGCCUGAGGUCCUGGCUCUAGGAGCCAUUGGAGGAGAGGGAGAGCCUGGGGUUUCAGAAGUGGGCAGGGCGGAGCUUUGGGACCCGGAGGACCUACCGGGAGAGGGCUGAUGGGAAGCAGGAGUCUUUGGAGCUGAGAUCAAGCUGCCUUCUUUAUUUGGAACCCUGAUCCCUGUGCCUUCUUCCCUUGGAGCUGGGAUCGCUCUGCCUCCCAGGAGGAAGCCGGCUCCGUGCAUGCAGCUCCCAGGCCAGCCUCCUGCCCAGGAAGAGAAGGGAAUGACCUCUCCCCACCUGGGAUCCUGCUCCCUCCCCAGCUGAGCCCUCAGAGGACGGAGGCCUGGCCCAAGCAGGGGGCCUGGAGAGAGAGGCAAGAGAGGCAAUGGCCCCUGGGAGCCACAGCCCCCCAGCCCAGGGGUUGGUGACCUUCAAGGACGUGACUGUGGAUUUCACCCCUGAGGAGUGGCGCCUCUUGGACCAUCCUCAGAAGGAGCUGUACAAAGAGGUCAUGCUGGAGAAUGCCCAAACCCUGCUCUCUCUGGGACUUCCAGUUCCCAGAGAUUUGAUUUCCCAUUUUGAGCAAGGGGAAGCACCAUGGAUGCUUCAGCGAGAAGGCCCCAGAACCUCCUGUGCAGAUGGAGAGCCCAGGCUGGAAAUGAGGAUGACUCCUUCAGAGUUGACCAUUUCUGUGGAAGAAUCACAACAGCCAAGAUUUAUGAGUGAUGGUGGCCAUGCCCUCAAUUUGAGAGAAAUCUGUGACUCUAAUAUCAAGAUUGAGAGAAAACAAAAGAGUCACCAUGAAUUCAAUAAAGAGAGAAAAAAUUUCAGACAAUCUUCAGUCCUAAUUCGGUGUAAGAAAAUGACCUCAGGGAAUGGCUCUUCUCAGGGUAAUAAAUCCAGAGAAUGCUUUACUGAGCAGGUAGAGGUUGUUGGGUCUCCAGAGAAGCCUCCUGAAGUACAAACUUAUCAAUGUAAUGAACAGGAGAAGGCCUUCAGCUUGAAUUCAGACUUAGUGAAACAUGAGAAAAGUCAUGCCAGAGAGAUGCUUUAUACACACGAUAAAGGUGAGAAGGCCUUUGGCCAUAAUUCAAAGCUCAAUGAGCAUCAGAAAUUUCAAAAUGGAAAGAAACAUUAUGGAUGUAGUGAAUGUGGUAAAACCUUUAUUCAACAGUCAUCCCUUAUUACUCAUCAAAAAUUUCAUACUAGUGAAAAGCUACAUAAAUGUAGGCAAUGUGGAAAGGCCUUUAGGAGACAGUCAUCCCUUCUUUCCCAUCAAAGAAUACAUGCUAGAGAGAAACGUCAUGAGUAUCAUCAAUAUGGUAAAGCUUUCAGUGAAAACUCUAGUCACAUUGCACAUCAGAGAAGCUAUGCUGGAGAGAAACAAUAUCCUUGCAAGCAGUGUGGAAAGUCUUUCAGACAGAGGUCCAGCCUUGCUGAACAUAAAAGAAUUCACACUGGAGAGAAACCUUAUCCUUGCAAGCAAUGUGGAAAGUCUUUCAGAUGUAGUUCUAGUUUUGUUCAACACCAGAGAAUUCACAGUGGAGAAAGACCUUAUGAAUGUAUUCAGUGUGGAAAGACUUUCAGAUGCAACUCCAAACUUGUUCUACAUCAGAGAAUCCACACUGGAGAGAAACCUUAUGCAUGUAAGCAAUGUGGAAAGAGUUUCAGACAGAGCUCCAGUCUUGCUGAACAUCAGAGAAUCCAUACAGGGGAGAAACCUUAUGAAUGUAAUCAGUGUGAAAAGACUUUCACACAGAGCUCCAGUCUUUCUCUACAUCAGAGAAUCCACACUGGAGAAAAACCUUAUGAAUGUAAGCAAUGUGGGAAAACUUUCACAAACACAUCCAAUCUUGCUGAACAUCAGAGAAUCCACACUGGAGAGAAACCUUAUGAAUGUAAGCAAUGUGGAAAAAGUUUCAGACAGAGCUCCAGUCUUGCCGAACAUCAGAGAAUCCACACUGGAGAGAAACCUUAUGAAUGUAAGCAAUGUGGAAAAAGUUUCAGACAGAGCUCCAGUCUUGCUGAACAUCAGAGAAUUCACACUGGAGAAAAACCAUAUAAAUGUAAUCAGUGUGGAAAGGCUUUCAGACACAGCUCCAGUCUUGCUAAUCAUCAGAGAAUCCACACUGGAGAGAAGCCUUAUGAAUGUAAUCAGUGUGGAAAGGCUUUCACACAGAGCUCCAAUCUUGCUUUACAUCAGAAAAUCCACACUGGAGAGAAACUUUAUGAAUGUAAUCAGUGUGGAAAGACUUUCACAAACACAUCCAAACUUGCUCUACAUAAAAGAAUCCACACUGGAGAGAAACCUUAUGAUUGUAAUCAAUGUGGAAAGACUUUCAGAUGCAAAUCCAGUCUUGCUCUACAUCAGAGAAUCCACACUGGAGAGAAACCUUAUGAAUGUAAGCAAUGUGGAAAGACUUUUAGAUGCAGUUCUGGUCUUGCUAAACAUCAGAGAAUCCACACUGGAGAGAAACCAUAUGAAUGUAAUCAAUGUGGAAAGAGUUUCAGACAGAGCUCCAAUCUUGCUGAACAUAAGAGAAUCCACACUGGAGAAAAACCUUAUGAAUGUAAUCAAUGUGGAAAGGCGUUCAGAUUCAACUCCAAACUUGUUCUCCAUCAGAGAAUCCAUACUGGAGAGAAACCUCAUGAAUGUCUUGAAUGUGGCAAAGCUUUUAGGGAGCGUUCAUCUCUUAUUGUACAUCAGACAAUCCACACUGGAGAGAAACCUUAUGAAUGUAAUCAGUGUGGUAAAACCUUUCGGCAACAGUCAUCCCUUAUUUCCCAUCGUAGAAUUCAUAAUAGAUAGAAAUCUUAUUACUGUAAUGAAUGAGGAUGUGGCGAUUAAAAUUAUAUGUGGUUGCCCUAUAUUUGCUCCAGGUUUUAGGGGAAAUUAUUUGGGGUUCUAAUAUAUAGCUACUGAAAAAUUAGAGGCUACUGCACCAGUUUGGGGCAUUAAGCAUUUAUUAAAGCACAUUAAAUAUUAGUAAAGUGAUAGAGCACAUGGCUCAGAAAGGUCAGAAGCCUACCUAGGAAAGACGGGAGAGAGAACAAACUGCAUCCUGCCUUUUGCCUCCUUGAGCCUUAAAAACCAAGAGAGCAUGUCAGAGCAGAAGCCUCCUGCAGGUCCAGAGGAGAGGUGGCCCUUCCACACUGCUCAAAGCUAAUUGGCUCCAUCAUUCAAAUCUAUUGGUUUACUGGACUUGAGGAGGGUGGACCAUGAGCUAACUUCCUUUAGGUAGUCAGGAAGUUCAAUCUACAUUUCCUUUGAAACUCUCCUGACUCUGGGUUGACCUUAAGAAAGGUCAGGCCAUGCUCUCUGGGUCUCAUAGAACCCCAUUAUUUUCUCACAAGGAAAAGCAUUCAAAUGGAGUAUAGAGCUUGUUAGACAUCACAAAAUUCAUUCUGGGAACAAAUUCAAUAUGAACUCAAUGUAGGAAGACCUUUAAUCCAAGAUCAUCUCUUACUUUACAUCAUAGGAUUCAUAGUGUAAAGAAAUUUUAUGAGUGUGCUCAAUAGGGACAUGCCUUUUGAUGGAAGAUCAAGGUCUCUAGAUGUCAUAAUAUUUCCACAGGAAAGAAGGCUCAUAAAAGCACUGAUUGUGGGAAAGCCUUGACAUGGAGCUCAUAGUUGAUUGUACAUUGGAGGAAUUAUGCUGGAGAUAAAACUUUUGGAUCUAAUCAAUAAGAGAACUUGAGCACAUAUGUAAUUAGACAUCUCAAAUCUCAUUCUGCAAACAAGACCCUAUAAAUGUAGUGAUUUUUUUUCUCAGAAAUACUUUUGUUUUUUAGUUCUCAAUAUUAUUACAUGGCAUUCAUAUACCACAACUUCAUCAGCCAUUUCCUAGUCAAUUAAUAGUCCUGUAUUUCCUGGUUUUUGACACAAAAAUUCUGCUAUAAAUAUUUUUUUGUAACUGUUGGUCAUUUAUUUCCUCAAUUAUUUCUUUUUUUUCCCCUGCAAUGAUUUUUUCAGCCUAGUAUAUAGCACAGUGGAGAGAGUGCUGCUUUGGGAGUAC